UUGGUCCAGCGGGGCCAUGUUUGCGUCCCCAGCUGUCUUGACGCGGUGUCGCUAACCGGUUAGCCGCCUCAGCUCGCAACGUCGUUUUAAACUCACUGGUACAGAUCAACGGCGGCGAGUCGUGAUGCCGGUCCAUUCCCGGGAGAAGAAGGAAAACAACCACGACGAAAUGGAGGUGGAUUUCCCGGAGCAAGACGCUAGCAGCACGGACGAGGAGGACACGGUUAGCACGUCCGUGUCUGAAGAUGGAGACAGCUCAGAGAUGGAUGACGAAGACUGCGAGAGGAGGAGGAUGGAGUGUCUGGACGAGAUGACCACGCUGGAGAAACAAUUCACAGACUUGAAGGAGCAAUUGUAUAAAGAACGCCUGAGCCAGGUAGACGUCAAGCUACAGGAGGUGAUGGCCGGAUGUGCCCAGGAGUACCUGGAACCUUUAGCCAACCUGCAGGAGAACAUGCAAAUCAGAACCAAAGUGGCAGGCAUCUACAAGGAGCUGUGUUUGGAGUCGGUGAAGAACAAGUACGACUGCGAGAUCCAGGCGGCCUGCCAGCACUGGGAGAGUGAGAAGCUGCUGCUCUUCGACACCGUGCAAAGCGAGCUGGAGGAGAAGAUAAGACGACUGGAGGAAGACAGACACAGCAUCGACAUCACCUCAGCAGCACUAAGAGCGGACUCCACCAAACUCCCUCUAGAGCUGUGGAAUGAUGGACUGCAUGCCAGGAAAAAUAAGAAGAAGGAUCCAUUCUGUCCAAUUAAGAAGAAGAAGCCAGUCGUGGUUUCUGGGCCUUAUAUCGUUUACAUGCUGCAAGAUCUGGAUAUUCUUGAAGACUGGACCGCGAUACGCAAGGCCAUGGCAUCUCUUGGACCGGCCAGGGCGAAAGUUGAUGCCGUAUCAGCCAAAACGGAGCGACAUCACCACGUGGCCCGCUCUGAAGACGGAAGACUGUUCUAUGACAACCAGUGGUACUGCAGGGGCCAGGCCAUCUGUAUCAACAGGAAGGACGAGUGCCCAGCAAGCGCCGUCAUCACCACCAUCAACAAUGACGAGGUGUGGUUCAAACGACUGGACGGCACCAAGUCCAAGCUGUACAUCUCCCAGCUGCAGAAAGGCAAAUACACCAUCAAACACUCCUGAAACAGCCAAACUGCGGUGUGCGCCAUCACGCCAUGCACCUCACCUUUAUUUGCACGCAAUGGGACCACCUGUUCACCAGGAUGCGCUCCUCUGUACAUAUGUAUUUAUGUUGAUAGGGCAAAGUCACAAAGUGUCAUGUCUGCACUAAGUCAGAUCGCUGCUAAGAGGGGGGGGGCGAUAAAGCGGCGCAACGAUCCCUGGAGCUCAGUCCCGUGCCUUUCUGAGACCAGACCUUGGCUGAAUUACAACACCUGUGCAGAAAGCAAUCAAAAGACUGCGAGUGGGUUCAAACGGGUCAGUUCGUUUUUGCUGCUCCCUACAAUCCUGCCUGAUACGAGUGUGUGUGUGUGUGUUUGUGGUCAAAUAUUGCACAAGAUGAGGGGUGGAGAGUGUAGAUCAAUUAAAGGGUAACAUGAUCACAAUUUCAAAAGGGUUAAAACCAUUAAAAAUCAGUUCCCAGUG